UGUGAUACUGUGUGAAGUGUGAUACUGAAAGUGAAACAUCGUCGGCAAACUGAACACGGAAAUUUGUUAUUUUUAUUUUUUCCUCAUCGGAAUAUGCGCCGAUUGAGUGUUAUUUUUGUGAUCACAAGAACUUUUGCAACAACUUAUAACCCGCUUAUUCUCUGAGAAAUCAUCAAGAUGGAGGCCAUCCUACAGCGCCUUGCCAAGCUCACGGUGGACGAACUGCGAGCAGAAUUGAAAUCUUGCGGGCAGAAGCCCAUGCCGAUCACCAAGACAACCCGUGCGCUAGCAGAGCGUCGCAUUGCCAAGUACCUAUGGGAGCAGCAGGGAGGUGGGGCAAGGGAGCAGGUGGAGGGGGGAGCUACCGCCAAGACAGAAGAGACAACUAACGGGGAGUCAAACUCCGAAGCUGUUACGUCACAACAGCAAAGUGCUAAAUCCCAGACGGAUGUCAAUGCGGUCAGCAGUGAGCGGAAUUCCCCGACCAGCUCUGCAGGAGGAGUUGCCGUGGUGAACUACUUUGCCGUUUGCAUACCACCCAAAAAUGAAACAAGUUUGGCAGGUGGGGAUGAUGUUGACUUGUCACAGGCUGCUGCAAGCUCAGAUGAGGUUUUGAUCUUUCAGGACAGGAAGGAGGUGUUGGUUAUCGCAAAGAAGAACAAAGGAGCUCGGUUCAAGGUCUUCAAGACCAAAGAAGAGGCUGAGAAGUUUGCCAAGACCAAUCAGGAUCUCAGCACUCCCAAACCAACGACAGAGCCAACGUCAAGCCAGCCAAUAGCGGAGAAGCCUGUCAGUAGUUUCCGGUCUGUCAAGCCCCAGGAUCUUGUAGCACUCAGGAAGACAAUCGAGGCCAAUGAGGCGGCUAAGUUCAAGGAGCUGGCCUGGAGCAAUCCACGCUACCUCAUCAAUGCUGGCGACUGCCCUACUGUCUUGCAGGAGGGGUCUCGGUACAAUGCGCUGCAUGUUGUAGCCAAGGUGAACCAGCCAGAGAUAUGCCGACAAGUGCUUGAGACCAUCCAGGACCCGGCCUACAUCCUCCUGAUGUAUCCUGACGACCCGGAGGACACUAUCAUCAGCAGGAUAGAGUACUUGACAGAUCUGUACCUCAACUCUCCCGACAAAGGGAAUGCUGAGACUCCGCUGCAUUUUGCAUGCAAGUUUGGCCACGUGGAGGUUGUGGAAAUACUCCUCAAUCACCCGCAGUGUGACAAGACCCUGAAGAACAAGUAUGGUCAAACAGCUAGUGAGAUUGUAUGUUCUUGGGCAAGUUUGUCUGAUACGGCAAUGAAACAACUUCAAAAGACCAUUACCGAUCUUCUACACGAUCACUACUACGUGCCGGUCUAUAGAGCGGAAGACAAUUGUACGCAGCCCGUCAUUGGUGAGCCGUGGUCACCUGACAUAUCCGACCACCAAUCCAGUCCGCUGUUUCAUACCAGGUCGGCGGGAGCAGAGAGCCCCAUUAGCACAGUGUUGUCCCUGCAGGCAUACGCAGGGCCCAUGUCGCCUGCAGAGGCGGACUGUUUCAGAAGAAAUCUUCACACCCCUCCCUCGACAGAAAGGAAGCGCGUAGGGAGAAUCAAACGAGCUGACGGAGAGAAAGGAGUGGAAAGAAUAGGAAGGGAGAUUGCCAGUAAAAUGCAGGUUUCUUGGGCCGAGUACUGGAAUUUCAUGGAUGUGUUCGCGGACUUUUCUUCGGCCGAAGGAUUGCAAAAACUGGAGGACUAUCUGGCUGAGAGGCGUACUACAAUCAACGGAGACAAGGCGGAUGUAAGGAUGCCGGAACCUUCUGUAAAACAGGAGCAGAUGCAGUCUGUUGUCUCACCAGGUGCGGUGGUCAAGGACCUCGCAGGGGACUUUGAAAAACUGACCUUCGACAGUUCAGAAGAUAGCAGGGAUGGGACAGAUAUUGCUAAGGAAACAAGAAUAUCUAAAGAUGAACAGGAUCAACCCGACUACACGGCAACAGAUGCUGACAGGGCACACGUGGACAGAACUGAGUCCCGAGUUGUUUUAGAGAGUGAUGAAAAGAUGGUGGAUGUCUCCUCAGAGAUCCGGAGUCCAACAGCUGAUGCCAGAGAUGCUGCUGGUCACCCAGGGGCUUGUACAAAUGGAGAGGGAAGACCUAAAAUGCAGACUGUAGAGUUUGAGCAAGGUGGGCAACCAGCAGCAUGUGACGAGCUAGAUAAGAUUGAUAGCACAUCAGACAGGGUGAAAAAUAUCCCAAUAUCAGCCUCCAAUGAAUCAAAAUUAAAAAUUAAAACAAUCGGCACUGACAGGAAUCUCCAAGAUAUGGCGACGAAAUCAUGCCAACACGUUGCUGAUGAUGUCGAUAAACCAUCUACCACAGAUUCUGAUGAAACGGAUGUUGACCUGUCGAACGCUGUGUGCCAAUCUAAAAUAUCUCCACAAGCGCCACUCUGCGCUAAAGAGACGACGGUAAAAGACAAAGAUCCUACUUUUGGGGACAGGACUGAUGGUGCUUGCCCUUCGUGUGCUGUAACAGAAAAAAGUUUAACAACUGGACAAAAUGGAGGCUUUCAAGAAAGCCAGGCGACAUUAAAACACAAUGCACCAGAGACAAAUUUUGGCGAAAGAACUAGUAAAGAGGACGCCGCAUCCAUGACAACAGAGAUUCUGGCGUCUGGUGAUCAGAAGAAGAACGAGAAGACAAGGGCUCCCCCAAUGGCAGGCAACGGAGAUGGAAAUGCAGAUAUUUUCAGAACACCGAAAAUGGUUUCCUACCGCAGAGUCAACAAUAACGUUGAGAGUAGAGUUCAAUUAAAAGGUGGCUUCAUUUUAGGGGCCCAGCCGACUAAGACAGAUCUUCAUGUGUGGAGAGCGUUAGCAGAAGUCGAGGUACCAGACAAUUACCCCUGCAUUCGACGCUGGAAACAGCUUGUCAACUCCGUGCCAUGCGAUGCAAGAGACAGGUGGCCGACCCCAGCCAGAUGUGUCCCCAGGUUGCCCCUUCCUCGUCCCAGCCAGACUCCAUCCCCGCGCCACCUCCAUUAUGCCGGCUUCCCUACUUUCUUAGGGGGCUCUCCUUUAGCUCUACGUGCCCGUCACUUCUCCGAACCCACCCACCGGUCUCGGGAGACCCCCGGGCUGAGACUGCGACAGGCCCAGUUGAACGGUGCAGAGUCCGUAGGCGAACUGAAAGCCAGACUGUUCCAGGAGUAGUUUCACGUCGAGGCAAAAAAGAUAUUUCAGUCAUAUUAACUGACUCUAUAAAUACAAAGUGUUACAAUGUACUUUCGGAAGAGAAAAGGGUCAACAUUUGUGCAUAAUUGCACCUUGUAUACAAUAAGGCCUCUCGAACGGGUAUCCUUCCCCGCCCCCUCUCCCCCCCCCCAAAAAAAAAAAUUAUCAAGAUUAUAUUGAAGACAGAAUGUCAUUUGACACUUAGUG